AUGAAUAAGCUCUUUGGUUAUAUAAAGACUUACGAAGAGGCCUGCCUGAUAGUUCAUUCUGUUAGGUUGGGGUAUUUAAAUGCAAUACAAGGAAGGUUAACCCCAGAGGAAAGGGAAAAUAUCAGGUCUGGAGACAUAUUUUGCUUUGUGGAAUCGCCAAAUGGUAUCAGGAGGUGGACUGAUGGAAAGACGUGGUCUCCAUCGAAAAUCCACGGACAGUUUCUUUUAUAUCAAGAGGUUCCAAAGCAUAUGAAUAAAAGUGCAAUUGGGAAGAGAAACCGACAGAAGUCUCUUCUGGGAUUAAAUGAAAGAGGCAGAUCUAGAGAAAAAAUAAUAAACUGGGACGACAAGCUUUCUCUCAACAAAAAAACAAUAUCAAUUUUAUUGCAGAAUAAAACCUACCAUGUGAUAGCAUACUUCAGGCCAAUGUUCUUCAGAGUAUCUUUGAUAAAAAUACCAUUCUUCAAUCAGAUGGACCUCGCUCUGAAAAGAUAUCCAGAGCUACUUUCUGACGAGUUUCUCGCCACAAUGAUCGGCAAGAAGGAUUUUUAUUCUCAGUUCAGUCUUCCCCUACCCUCGAACAAGACAAUAUUUCCCGAAGUCAAAAGGCAUUCCUUGGAAGAAAUAGCAAGCAGUGUAUUGGCAGAAUGGAUGCGACAGAAGAUGAAAGGCAAUGAUGUAGGGAAGAAAUAUAUUUGUUUUUAUGACACUAAUAAAUGGUAG